AUGGACGGUGAAAUCAAACUGGGAUCGCAGCAUUAUAAAAAUCGGGCCAAGAAACGUAAGCGCAAUCGGUUUUUGCAGAAUGCCAAGAGCUUUGGACGGAAGGGUAACUUCGGACGCGGGGCCGAGCUAGAUAAGCAGCAGUACACAUAUCUGGUAGGGAUUCUCGAAACGAUGACUAAACAGGAGGAUGCCGAAGAGCGAUUGCUGAUGGCGAACAAUGUUUUGGCGCAGCUCGAGGGCAAAGAAAUCCGGACCGCUUCCAACCAGCUGGGCAGCCGUGUGCUCGAGAAUCUGCUCACGUACACCGACGAGGAAACGUUCGCCCGCCAGAUGACGGUGUUUGGGGACAACUUUCGGGUCGUGUGCUGCGAUUCGUUCGCUUCGCACGUCCUGCAACGGAUGCUUUACGUGGCACUGCUGCGUGCGGUAGCCCCCCUCCAGGAGGAGCCGCAGGACGAUGGUGAACCGGUGGGGCCGAAGAAACAGAAAGUUUCGAACGAACGAGGGGAGCAAAAUAUGUGGCCAAGCUACGAGUACAAUUUGAAGGAGAGCUACGGGGACGAACACCGGCGCCAGUGUCGCGAGUUCGUCGAACGGUUGGCCAAAUUUGCGCUCAACAAUCUCGAAGAGUUUCUGUGGUCCUGCACGGCCAACUACGUCGUGCGGCAGUGCAUACUGAACCUGAGCGGUCUGGCGGAAAUGAAGGUGACCAAAGUAGGCGGUUCUGCUGACGAUUCUGGGACGGCAAAAUAUCUCAUCGUUCCGGAACCUUGGAGCAAGCUGUUGCGUGAUUUUAACGUCCGCCUGAUGACCUGGCCACAGUUCGCUAACCUUCCGCACAGUGAGCUGUCCUCGGUAGUCCUACAAAUCUUGCUCCAAGCGCUCGCUAGACCUGGCAAUGAGUUUCAACUGCAGCAGCUCUGCGACAAACUUCACCGCGAAGCAUUCACUAAGAAGAACGACGUAAAAAAGGAAGAGCCAGAGAGUGACAGUGAUGCCGAGAAGAAACCCUCCCGUUUGCCGACCAUUUUCCAUCAAGACGUUGCCAUUCGACUGCUGGAAGUGUGCAUCGCGGUCGCUCCAGAAGGCUUUCUCAAGGAACAACUCUUCCCCGAGCUGUUCUCCGGACACCUCACGGAACUGGCACUGUCCAGAUCGUGCAACUUUGCGGUGCAGAAACUGCUUGACCACGCCACGGACAAAGAGACGGUUGAGGCAAUUUUCGCCGAACUGGAGGACAGCUUCGGCGAAAUUCUGCGCUGCGGACACUCGGGAGUGUUGCUGGCGUUGGCCAAAGCUUGCGCACGCCUCUCCUGCCAGCAGGGAAAGUUUGUGAAGCAACUGCUCGACGCACUGCGCUGUGCCGAGGUGGGCCCGGACAAGAUGCUCACCGCCGUUCUGCACCUUGUCCCAACGGAUGUUACGCCCCGGGAGGCACCGAAAGUGCAUCUUCACGGUUCCCUGAUCCUGCAAACGGUGUUGGAGUUUAACAAACCGAUUAAAUUCGUCACAGCACUACUCGAGCUGGCCAACGAUCGGUUGGCGGCCAUCUUGAGCGAUCCACGUGGCUCGUUUAUCGCGAAUGCAUACCUUGGCUCGCGCUUUGUCGGCGAAAAGUCACGCGAAAAGAUGGUGCGCCACCUGGAGGGACAGUACAGUCAGCUCGUCCUCACGGCGCACGGUUCGCGCGUGGUCGAACUCAUGUUCGAGGCAGGAAAUCCGGCACAGCGCGAAAGCAUCGUACGCGAACUGUCGGAACAGUGCGCCCAGCUGAACGGCAAACCUUGGGGCGUGAGCAUCAACAAGCGGCUGCUGGUCGACACCUACAAACGGGAUCCGGCCCGCUGGAAGGUGGCAAUCAAGAGCGACGCGAAGGUAGAGCGAAUGUUUGAUAAGCUCGUCGGUGCGGGCAAACGGAGAGCGAGUUAG